CCACAAAUUUCCUACACAGGCUCCUCUUCUCUUGUCGCAUCACUUUUCGUACUUCUUUCUUGAAAUUCUUCGCAAAAACAACUCAGGAGGCUUGUGCUCUCGCUUCAUAGCCCUUCUUCUCAAUUCCCGGCGACCGCCGGGACUUACUUCAGUUCCCGUCUGUAGCAACCAAGUUCAGCCUCACAAGUCACAACUCGACUUCUUCACCGACUUCUCUGUGAGAAAGAAGUAGGCGAUCGUAGUGAAAACGUGAAAGAGAAAUGGUCGGAACCCCGGCGACGCCGGCGUCCAAGACCCGGAGAAUUGUGCCGUCAACUAGUGGUGGCACGAGGGUUCAGGAGGAGAAAAUUUUGGUCACUGUGAGGAUGCGGCCGCUGAGCGGGAGAGAACAAUCGUUGUACGAUCUUAUAGCGUGGGAUUGUCCCGAUCAACAGACAAUCAUCCACAAAAGUGCAAAUCCAGAGCGUCCUACCACAGCCUACAUGUUUGAUAAGGUAUUUGAUCCUUAUUCAACAACUCAGAAGGUGUAUGAACAAGGAGCUAAAAGUGUUGCUUUGUCAGUCCUUACUGGAAUUAAUGCUACCAUCUUUGCUUAUGGCCAAACCAGUAGUGGAAAGACGUUCACCAUGAGAGGGAUCACAGACCAUGCAAUCCAUGAUAUCUUUCAGCACAUUGCGCAGGUUCAGGAGAGGGAGUUCUCCUUAAAAAUAUCAGCCUUGGAGAUUUAUAAUGAGACUGUUGUAGACCUCCUGAACCGUGAAUCAGGUCCCCUUAGGCUUCUGGACGAUCCUGAGAAAGGAAUCAUCGUUGAAAAACUAGUUGAAGAAGUGGUCAAUGAUGGUCAACACUUGAGACACUUGAUUGGAGUUUGUGAAGCUCAAAGGCAAGUUGGAGAAACAGCCCUCAAUGACAAUAGCUCGAGAUCACAUCAAAUAAUACGACUGACCAUUGAGAGCACUUUAAGGGACAAGUCGGGCCAUGUUGAAUCGUUCUUAGCAAGUUUGGUAUGCUAUUAUAGCAUUUUGUGAUUGACCAUAAGCUUUUAGAUAUCAAAAUUUUCACUGUGGUGCAUUGCAACAUUUUAGAAUCUCGUGGACCUUGCUGGAAGUGAACGUGCAUCUCAAACAGCUGCAGAUGGCACAAGACUUAAAGAAGGUAGUCAUAUAAAUCGCAGCUUGUUGACCCUCACUACAGUGAUCAGAAAGUUAAGUGGAGGAAAGAAAAGUGGUCAUGUCCCAUACAGGGAUUCAAAGCUCACUCGAAUAUUGCAGCAUUCACUGGGAGGUAAUGCACGCACAGCAAUAAUCUGUACAAUCAGUCCUGCCUUGAGUCAUGUGGAGCAAACAAGAAAUACUCUGUUGUUUGCAACAAGUGCCAAGGAAGUAACCAACAAUGCUCAAGUGAACAUGAUCAUUUCAGACAAAAAAUUAGUUAAACAUUUGCAGCAGGAAGUAGCCAGACUUGCGGCAGAGCUUCAAACACCAGAAACAUCUUCUGUCGCUCAAUUGAAAAAUAGUCUUGUGCAGAAGAACCUGAAAAUCGAGAAGCUGGAGAAUGAAUUAAGAGAGGUCAAGCGUCAGAGGGAUCUUGCAGAAUCUCAACUCGAACUAGAAAAAAAACCGCAUAAGGAGCCAAAGGGUCUAAAACAAAGUGGGCCAUCUUCACAAGUAGCCAGAAAGCUUCCGUUCUCUGUAGAGGGGCAAAAAAGAAAUGCCGUUGGCAGGCAGGGUACUUCUGUAAGGAAGUCUGCCACUUCCAGUGAUCCAUCCAUUCUUGUUCAGGAAAUACGGAAACUUGAGCAGCAGCAGAGACAGCUUGGGGAAGAAGCGAAUCGAGCAUUGGAAGUGCUUCACAAGGAGGUUGCCUCCCAAAGAAUGGGGAGCCAAGAGACUGCUGAAACCAUAGCAAAGAUGCUAUCCGAGAUUAAGGAUAUGCAAGUUGAAAGCUUUGUCCCUGAGGAAUCUAUAUUUGGAACAAAGGCCAGCAGUCUGAAAGAAGAGCUCACCCGAUUGGACUCGCAAGAAAGCACCAUCACCUCUUUAGAAAAGAAGCUUGAUAAUGUUCAGAAGUCCAUAGACAUGUUGGUCUGCUCAUUCUCUGGCCGUGAGGAGACUCCAAAAGUGAAGGCACAAUUAACCAAGAAAAAGACAAUACCUUUCACGUCAAGGAACAGCUCUAAUGUACAUCUAAUACGUUCUCCUUGUUCACCUUUGUCAUCCUCUUCCCAUGGUGGCGCAGUGGAUAAUGAGGUCGAGAACAGAGACCCCAAGAGAAGUAACCUGUUGUUUAGUGGCAAUACUUCACAGGAAUGUACUCCGGUGAAGGCUGUUGGACAUACUGGCAAGGCAUCAUAUAAGGAAGGAACACCACCCUCAAGGUCUUCGAAGUCGGUUAGUGUGAAGAAAAUGCAGAAAAUGUUCAAGAAUGCAGCUGAAGAAAAUAUAAGGAGCAUUCGAGCUUAUGUCACCGAGUUGAAAGAAAGGGUGGCGAAGCUUCAAUAUCAGAAACAGCUUCUAGUUUGUCAGGUUCUAGAGCUAGAGGCAAAUGAGGGUAUAUCAAUGGAAACUGAUUAUCUGGAUGAAUCUCCGGUGGCAUGGCGCUUGGUGUUUGAGGAACAAAGGAAGCAGAUUAUAAUGUUGUGGCAUCUGUGCCAUGUUUCCAUCAUACACCGGACUCAGUUCUACUUGUUGUUCACUGGAGAGCCGAGUGACGAGAUAUAUGUGGAAGUUGAGCUCAACAGGCUGACGUGGCUGGAGCAGCAUUUUGCGGAGCUCGGGAAUGCAAGCCCAGCACUGUUGGGGGAUGAGCCUGCUGGCUCGGUGUCUCAAAGUAUCAAGGCUCUGAGACAAGAACGGGAGGAACUAGCGAAGAGGGUAAGCUCGAAGCUGGGAGCCGACGAGAGGGAAUCGCUGUAUGAGAAAUGGGACAUCCCACCAGGAGGGAAGCAGAGGCGGCUGCAGCUGGUAAAUAAACUGUGGACGGACCCGCUCAACAUGGAACACGUCCAAGAGAGUGCAGAGAUUGUGGCUAAGCUCGUUGGUUUCUGCGAAUCCGCCGGAGGUGCAGGAGGGUAUGUGAGGAAGGAAAUGUUUGCUCUCAAUCUUGUUCACCCUGCUGACAAGAAGUCAUGGAUGGGGUGGAACUUUAUAUCCAACCUUCUCAACUUGUAAUUCAAGUCGGCAAGGGGAAUAGGCAACCAGCUGGUGUGGUGGCUAGAGAGGAGCUGAGUAAAGUGAUGGCUAGCUUGUAGGUUUUGUUUAUGAAGUUUGUAUAGAGAUAGAGAUUGACUGAGACUCAGGGCCAGGGGAUUGUUAAGAGAUCCUAUUCCCAUCACCUAAUGGUUGGAGUCGUUUCAAAUUCCAGAUUGUUUCACUGAUCUUCUGGAAGGUAAGAAGAGAGGUGCCAUCCAUCUCCUUUCUGGCUUCAUUUUUGGUUCAACGUUCCUUCGAAAUUGAAGGACAAGAAAAGAAACAAUGGGAAUUCAAGUGGGCUGAACUAAGGUUGGGAGGAGUUACGGUACUAAUUGUACAAGAGUUAGCACCGUCCUAACCAAGAGUUAGUAGUGAUUUAGCUUAGAUGUUGUAUUGAUUUUAUAAUAAUCCGUAGUGAUUUCGUGUUUUUAGUAGCGUUUUUUGCUAGUUAUCACGGUGCUAACUGCUAACCCCUAUAAGGGUUAGCACCUAAUCCCAUCCCACUAAGGUUGCUAG